AUGUUCAAAAAUACGUUUCAAUCAGGAUUCUUGUCAAUACUUUACAGCAUUGGUUCCAAGCCGCUCCAGCUUUGGGAUAAGAAAGUUCGAAAUGGUCAUAUAAAACGAAUAACCGAUAAUGAUAUUCAGAGUCUAGUACUUGAAAUAGUUGGUACUAAUGUUAGCACUACGUUUAUCACAUGCCCGGCCGAUCCAAAGAAGACGCUGGGAAUUAAGUUGCCAUUUCUGGUGAUGAUAAUCAAGAACAUGAAGAAGUACUUUACAUUCGAAGUUCAGGUUCUAGAUGAUAAAAAUGUGCGACGCCGCUUUCGCGCCAGCAAUUAUCAAUCGACCACACGGGUGAAGCCAUUUAUAUGUACAAUGCCCAUGCGUUUGGAUGAGGGUUGGAAUCAAAUACAAUUUAAUUUGUCUGAUUUUACACGUCGCGCCUAUGGUACUAACUAUGUCGAAACACUAAGAGUACAGAUCCAUGCUAACUGUCGAAUACGACGUGUAUAUUUUUCGGAUCGAUUGUAUUCUGAAGAUGAGCUGCCUCCUGAAUUUAAAUUAUUUUUGCCUAUACAAAAACCAGUUCAAAAGUCAAACGCGAUAUGCAGUUAACCAACAUAAUUGUCCAUUUAAUUGCAAAAUA